GUACUACACGAGUAACGAGUACACUACGAUUGUCCUGUUCCGUCCGUCACUCCGUCAUGAUAAAGUAAAAUAAAAUCGCUUAACGAACGUCCCUUGGACAGUGUAUUAUUAUUAUCUUUUUCGACGCGUACCCUACGCCGUUCCGUCUCGUAAACAAAAUCCUUCGGGCGAUUGAACAAUUGGAGUGGAGCAAGUUCCUAGUUCGUUUAAGUUGGCAUUGCAUUCAAUAUUAUUACAAUUAAUAAUAACGAGGACGACGUUUAAUUUCAAGUCUGUCCAUCGCUGUUUUUGCAAUUCCCGCGCGAUGACGAGUACGUGUUGUUGAAAUAGCUUACGGCUUUCGUAGUACACUGCCUGUGCCGCCUAGCAGCUGUCGUCCGAACACACGAACUAAAAUAUGGGUCGCAAAAAGAAGAAGCAGUCCAAGCCAUGGUGCUGGUAUUGUAAUCGAGAAUUUGAUGAUGAAAAAAUUUUAAUUCAGCAUCAAAAAGCAAAACAUUUUAAGUGUCAUAUAUGCCAUAAAAAACUAUACACUGGUCCUGGUUUAUCAAUUCAUUGUAUGCAGGUGCACAAAGAAACAAUCGACAAAGUGCCCAAUGCACUUUCGCAUCGUUCGAACAUUGAAAUAGAAAUUUAUGGGAUGGAAGGAAUUCCAGAAGAAGAUAUGAAAGAACACGAGCGACAAAAAUCCGGUGGCAAAGGUACUCGAUCAGAUAGUGAUGAUGACACUGGUCCACCUAUAAAGAAAAAACCUGAGUAUUCAAAUCCAGCUGGUCCUUCCAUGAUGCCACCUUAUAAUCCUAUGAUGAAUCAUAUGCAAGCUAUGGGCUCUCCUUAUAUGGGACCUGGAAUGCCAAUGAUGGGGCCUUCUGUUUCUGUUGGUCCUAUGCCACCUGGUCAGCCAGUAGGAAUGGCAAAUAAGCCAUUAUUUCCUAGUGCUGCAGCAAUUGCUAGCAACUCUGAUGUUCGUUCAAAUAGCUCAAUGCUUGCUGGUGGUCCUGUUGGUGGCCUAAAUAAGUCUGCAUUUCCUGCUUACUCUGGGAAUGAUAAUGAUUCAAAAUCUAAAUCACUUAUUAGUUCUACUGGAACAUCUAGUAAAAUAAUUCAUCCAUCAGAAGAUAUUUCUUUAGAAGAACAUAAAGCUCGUUUUCCUAAGUAUGCUAUUCAUAUGGAAAAUCCAUUAUCUACAAACGUUACUGAGCAACAUCAGCUUGGUGCACCACUAAUGUCACCUCACGGCCAAGUGUCUCCUCAAACUCAACAAUUUCAACAACAACAACAACAACAACAACAACAACAUCAGCAGCAGCAGCAGCAGCAGCAGCAACAACAGCAAUUGCAACAGCAACAGCAACAGCACCUUCAUCAGCAGCAGCAGCAACAGCAACAACAGCAACAACAACAGCAGCAGCAGCAGCAGCAGCACCACCACCAUCACCAACAUCAACAACACCAACAAGCAAUUCAAAAUGAGAUGGAACGACAAGUAGCUGCUAUGGCAGCAGUUAUGCAACAGCAACAACAGCAGCAGCAGCAGCAACAACAGCGAUUUGCUGCACCGGUUAUUUCAAUGCCUAAUAUGAUGCCCCAGCCCCCUACUGUUUUUAUGGCUCAGCAAAUGCCAACUCUUUUACGGCCAUCUUUAGGUGGUUUACCACCUCAUGCUAUGAGCAUGCUAAGACCUCAAAUGCCUAUUCAUCCAGGUUUAAUGGUUAACCCACCAAUGGUCAAUCCUUAUGCUCCCGGUGGACCAAUGGGCUUCCCAGGCGCUCAAAUGUUAGCACCGAUGAUGCACCCUCGCUUCAGAUGAUCAGGUUUGUUGGGGGGCGUAUUACUCGUGUACAACAACACACCCCCGUCACUUUUGUAAGUUGUUAAUUUUUUUUUUUAUUUCCAAUUAAAAACAAAUUGUUAAUUUUAUUGAAAAAAAGAGAAAAAAUUAAACUUUAUUUCCUAAUUGAGUUUAGGAUUAUUUAAGAUUAAAA